AUUCUUUGUGGUGUAUUGGCGUACCGGGGCGUCGACGAAAAUUCAAUUCAUUGCGAGCGAGUGAGCGCGCUGUGUCGUGCACGUGUUCGCGUCGCAACGCGUUGUCACGAAAGGUUUUGUCGCGGACGCAUCGUGAUAUAUCGGCUUUUCGUUUCGCGGCACGGUCUGUGCGCGAAGAUGGCGAGUUUCGUGGUGCGAGAUGCGUUUCGCGGCACCGCGCGUUUUGAUUUCCCUUCGAAAUGUCAAUCCUGCGCGGAUACCACAUAUUUGUCCGGCAAUAACGAGCAAUCGACAGUUGCCAGGCGAUCAGUCGUUGAUCCGGUAUUACGCGAGAAGCCGCGACAUUUGAUACACAUGCGACGUUAUUUAUUAGCGCGCGGGCUUGAAGAAAUUGCAAGCGGAACACGACAGUAUCCUCCUGUUAUUUGACGUCUGUCAGCGAGAAAUGUUGUUUGAUUGCAGCUGCGGCACUGUCGUGAGGGAUUAUGUCGGCACAAGAUGCAGAUUCUCUGGACUGCACUGCGGGUCAGGAGGAGAUAAACUUGCCUGAGAUUUUGUUUCAGACCAAUCCAGAUAUUCUGGAGUGUCUCUCAGUCAUGGUCAAUCAGGAUGCUGAGAAUAACAUUGGCCAACAAGUACAAGAACUUAUAUUGGAUGAUCAACUACUUGGCACAAUGGUGACCACGAUUACAUUGUCUGAUGGAACUCAAGCUUUUGUUACCAAUAAUCUCAUUGACAUUGAUCCAGACUUCAAGACACAAACACUGCAAACAACACUUAGAAAUGGAGACACCAUACUAUUGCGAGGAUUGUCGGAACUCGGCGAUGGCAAAACUCUUCAAUUGGAAUUAGAUUCAUCUGCCCUUGUACAAACUGAAGACAUGGCUACCGAAGAUGUAGAAAAUACAUAUUCUCAAGUAGAAUUUAUCAAUGGCACAGCUUAUAUGGUAGCAGGCCAUGUGGAUGUUGGCGAAAGUGUAUGGGAAAUCAAAGAUGGAAAGUUAAAGAAGAAAGAAUCCAAGAUUUUAAUCAACAAAUUAUCCGAUGCAAAAAUUAGAUAUCCUUGCCCCAGAGAUGGAUGUUCAAAGGUUUACAGCACGCCUCACCAUCUUAAGGUCCAUGAACGUUCACAUACCGGUCAGAGGCCGUACAGAUGUACACAUCCAAAGUGUAAGAAGAGCUUUUCGACAGGAUACAGUUUGAAAGCUCACUUGCGAACGCAUACCGGUGAGAAACCAUAUAAGUGUACAACCGAAACGUGUAACAAGAGUUUCAAAACAUCGGGCGAUCUACUGAAACACGUGAGAACUCACACAGGUGAACGUCCUUUUGUAUGUCCGUUCGAGGGUUGCGGCCGAUCAUUUACUACAAGUAAUAUCAGAAAGGUUCAUGUAAGGACACAUACUGGUGAACGACCAUAUAAAUGUACACAGCCAACAUGCGGCAAAGCGUUCGCCAGCGCGACAAAUUACAAAAACCACAUACGAAUACACUCUGGUGAGAAGCCUUAUGUUUGCUCCAUAGAAAACUGCGGUAGAAGGUUUACCGAGUACUCUAGUCUGUAUAAACAUCACCUAGUGCAUACAUCACAACGCCCAUUCGAAUGCCCACUGUGCUCUAGAAGGUAUCGCCAAAGUAGUACUCUAUUGAUGCACAAAAGAACAGCUCACGCAUUGAUUGAUAGUGAUGAUAAUAACGAUGUAUCUUUACAAGAUUCUCUUGAACCUUCUAGUCAGAAUAAAAAUAAAAAAAAGAAUACCAAAGAGAAUCACAAGCAAUUAGGAAAAGACAAACAGAGCCAGGCUUCUAAAAUAAUUGACGAUGCGAAUGAUAAAGAAUCACAAAUUUUGUUGGUAGGAGAUUCUUCUCAAAUUGCUGCAUUACAGAAAAUUGAUCUGGACGAAAAUUUCGACGAUCCCAGUAUUGAUACACCGUUCGAAGGAUUAAAUAUAAAGAUUGAGGAUAUAGAAUUUGAUUGGAACUAGUGUGCGGCCAAAAGGAAAACGUGACGUUGUAAGUGUAAGAUAGUUUUGAUCAUUAAAUGUUAACAAUUGUUAACAUUCAUGGAUGUAGUUUUAAUAUCAGCGCAAAAUCAAAUAAGCAAAUGGAAAAUAAUAAUGUUAAACUAUAUUUAAUUAUAAGUCGUAACGUACAAUUCUUAAGAACAAACAAAAAAGGCUAAGAGAAUCAGAAGUAUGGAUGUUUGAAUGCAAAAGAUAUAAAUUAAUACACAAAAUACGCAAAUACAUUUUGCUACACUUUCAAACUCUCUUCAGAUUAACAGGGUAUAAUGAACGGACAAUUCUGAUUCUUGUAGAUUUUUUUGUUCUUUAAUUAUAAGGACAACGAUGAAUAUGUAAAAUUUCGAAAAAGAAUAUAAUCAAGAGAU